AUGGAAUCUUCUGAAUCUUUAAAAUUGCAGAGUGCUUUAAUAGCUACAAAUCUUUUAACAACUGGAAAUGCAAUUGUUUUUGAUCAGAAAAGCGGAUAUGGCUGCGCAGUUGAUGGAAUUUUAAUUGUUACUGUUAAAGGAGAAGAGCUCAGUUCUUCGAACGAGGACUAUUUAAAAUCGUCAAUGCGGAGGAUAAUUUCUUAUUUAUUAGAUCACAUUAAAACUGAAAGCAGCCUUGAAAUUCAUUUUCAAUUAAAUUUAUUUUCAAAAAAUAAUACAAGAGAAUUUUCUUUAUUAAAUGUCCAAGAUGGAAAAAGAGUAAUAGUAGGCGAAAUAAAUAAUGGGAAAUUAUUUAUAUUAAAAAAAUUUCUUUUCCAGGCAAUUCUAAAGAAAUCCCUAAAUCGCAAAAAAAAAUAUUACAGCUAA